ACACAUUUCAAGUAGAUUACUCAUUUCAUAUUUAGCAUAAAUCGAUUUCACAGAUUUCACAUCGUGAAUUCGUGAUCGCCAUUGUUCUGAAUACUUCCUUUUCCCAUUCCCAAGUCUCGAUACUUUUUUCCACACCGCCUUCUUACCGACUCACAGUGCUCCUCCUCUCAACCUCCUUUUCUCUCUCUACGAAAUCGGCUGUUACUUAUUUGUUUGUUUAUGAUCAAAUUGAAGAAUUUAAGCAACCAACUAUCCUUUACGGUUUUCAAUUUAUAUCAAUCAAAUGAGAGAGUAACCCGAAACUGGAAAAAUAAAGUUAUGGAACCGAGCAACACUCGAACCGUGUGCUUGUCAGAAUCGGCUAACGGAGGCGAAGAUGUGUAUAGCAGCAAAGAAUCCGACGUUUCUUCCGCGGAUCAUCUUGUUGUAAUGGUUCACGGUAUUCUUGGAAGUACCGCAGAUUGGAAGUUCGCUGCAGAACAGUUUGUCUUAACGCUCCCUGACAAAGUUUUUGUUCACUGUAGUGAACAUAACACGGCUAUGCUAACAUUGGAUGGUGUUGAUGUUAUGGGUGAGAGAUUAGCAAAUGAGGUCCUUGAAGUAAUCAAAGAUAAGCCUGGUUUACAGAAGAUUUCUUUUGUUGCACAUUCUGUUGGAGGACUUGUUGCUAGAUAUACCAUUGGCAGACUGUAUAGUCCCCCAAAAAGGGAAAAAGCAGACGACUUAUCUACUGAUUCCCUCAAAGAAGGGUCAAGGGGAAGAAUUGCUGGCUUGGUACCCAUGAAUUUUAUCACUGUUGCCACACCUCAUCUUGGAUCAAGGGGAAACAAGCAGGUGCCAUUUCUUUUUGGAGUUACUGCCUUUGAGAAAGUUGCUGGCCAUGUGAUUCAUUUGAUAUUCAGAAGAACUGGGAGGCACCUCUUCUUAAGGGAUGAUGAUGAAGGGAAGCCCCCAUUGCUUAGACGCAUGGUAGAAGAUGAUGGUGAAUUGCAAUUCAUGUCUGCUUUGCGUUCAUUCGAGCGCCGGGUUUCUUAUUCAAAUGUUGCUAAUGAUCAUAUUGUUGGCUGGAGAACAUCAUGCAUAAGACGAAAUACUGAACUGCCCAAGUGGGAAGAAUCCUUGAAUGAGAAGUAUCCACAUGUUGUGUAUGAAGAACGGUGCAAAGCAAGUGAUGGUGAGCAGGGUGAUUCCAUUGUAAGGGAAGAUGAUACUCAAGACAAGCUGGAAGAGGAAUUGGUGACUUUCUUAUCUCGUGUGUCAUGGGAGAAAGUAGAUGUCAGCUUCCAUAACAGCAAAAUUAAAUAUGCAGCACAUAGUAUUAUCCAGGUAAAAGCCGAGAGUGUGCAUUCAGAAGGUGCAGACAUUAUACAACAUAUGAUUGAUCACUUUCUUCUCUAAAAGUCUCAAUUCUGAAAUGGAUAUCGCUCCCAUGUGCUCCCUACUAUGUAUGUGCAUCAUCAAACAUGGGUGUCCUUUGGGUGCAAGCAAGGUUCAAGAUGCAAUAUCUAUACAUUUGCCCGUAAGCUACAAAAUAAUGAAGCAGCUUAUGAGAGAUGUAAUGUAUUGCUUAUCAGCUUAUGUGUUGCAGUGUACAGAAUAACAUUUCAGUCUAACUACUAAUCAGAUAUGUUAUUUAUUAUGUACCAGAUGUUACCACGUGAUUUUUUUUUACAGAGGCCUUGCAUAUAUAUUUACUUCUAUGGCUUUUAAGCAUGCAAAAAGUGGUUAACGUUAGAAAAGAGUAAGGUGACAUAUUUUUAAUUAGGCCACUAUUUCUUCCCUAAGCUAGUAGUCAUAGUCCUAAAUAAAAGAUAGUUGUUCAUAAAUAGCUGAUACUAUUGGCUGAAUGAUUUUGCCAAACACUGCCUAUUGCAG